GAGAAAGAUAUCCUAUAACUUCCCAAUUGCCAUUAACUCAUGUAAGAAAGCAAAGUGUAUGAAACUCUCACUCUUUAGCACCAUUUCCCUCUUCUCUCUCCUCUACUUCUAAAAAUAUACUCAAUAUAUUGUAUGUUCAUCUUCCCAACAACAAACACUCUCAUACAUGCUCACUCUCUUCUACUCAUUAUUCCAAUUCCCUUACACUAAUUAAUCCAUUAAACAUAAAAGAGAGAAAUGUUACGCUACGAAUGGAACAACCAUUCCUCUCCUCCUCCUAACUUAAUCCUUUCCGACAUCGACUACCAUCAUCAUCAUAAUCAUAAUCAUAAUCAUAACGACGAUGAUGAUUUCGUCUCCUCGACGAAUCAUCACCGUCAGAUCUUCGGAGACCCAUUCUCAAACCCAUGCACCUUCACACACGAUAACACCCCACCACAAUACCAAAAUAUUAUACCCGACCCACGCGCUUUCCACACCGCGUCAGCUGCUUCCUCUUCUCUUUUAACACUAGAAUCUCUCUCCUCUGUCAUGCAAAUCCCCAAAACUGAACCGGAUAUUUUCACCAACCGGCCAAUUGGGCUUAACUUGGGCCGCCGUACUUAUUUCUCCGCUGAUGAUGACCUCGUCAGCCGCCUUUACCGCCGGUCUAGGGCGGUUGAACCGGCGGCGCAUUCUCCUAAGUGUCAAGCUGAAGGUUGCAAUGCUGAUCUUAAUCAUGCUAAACAUUAUCACCGCCGUCAUAAGGUUUGUGAGUUUCACUCUAAAGCAUCCACUGUUAUCGCUGCCGGCUUGACGCAGCGCUUCUGCCAGCAGUGUAGCCGGUUUCAUCUGCUAUCGGAAUUUGAUAACGGGAAGAGAAGUUGCCGGAAAAGAUUGGCUGAUCAUAAUCGGCGACGACGGAAAUCGAACAAUCAUCGGAUAACUUCAACAACUACAGCUUCUAUGUCGUCGGAAAAUGCUCAAUCUUCGCCCUCCCAUAAUAUUUUACGGUCUCCAUCGGAUUCAGGGAUGAACUCCUCCUCAUCAGUGACAAUUGCAAUAUCGCCAUCGAGAGUAUCAUUUGAUUCGAGUUUCAUGCAAAGAUCGUAUGAUUAGCUCUGCCUAUCUAUUUGUAAUAGGGUAUAUGAUUAAGGAAAAUUUUAGCUAAUUAGAUGAUCGAGGGGAAUUAGUGGUAAUUUCAUUUAAUAAGCUAAUUUAGUUAGCUUUGGUUUGUUAAUUAAAUAAUUAGCUUAGUGUUUUUAUUUUAACAUUGUAGUAAUAUUAUUCAUUUUACUGAGCAUCUAUUAGCAGUUAAUUAGUUCUAGUA